ACAGAGAACGAAAGAAAAAGGCUGGUCUCUAGCGCACAAUGUAACGAAGACAGAACAAGCACCGGAAACAUCAAGGCAAAUUAAUGAAGAAAACAAGGGAGGUUAAAUCCAGAAAAAGAAAGGCUGUACCAUCUCGAUUUUGUCUGCAAUCCACAUGGUUCAUCCCUCACCUUUUUAUAGCCUACCAGAAUUCUAACUUCAGUUCUCAAGGAAUUCUUGAAACCAAUCUUUGGCUAAGCCAAAAACAAGAUCAAAGGGUGCUCACUGAUCUCCAUCGACGAUGAAGAACCUAGGCCGGUCAGAUGCAAAUAACAAUCUUGAGACUCUCUUAGACAUGGACAAAACGGCAUUACAUAAGAAAAAUGGAGUGCCAGCGGAACCCCGGAAGAUGAUGGCAGGACAUGGCCUGGAGUUCAAGAACCUGUCAUAUAGUGUCAUGAAAAAGCAGAAGAAAGACGGGGUGUGGAUCACCAAAGAAGCAUAUCUUCUCAAUGAUAUCUCUGGACAGGCUAUAAGGGGUGAGGUUAUGGCUAUUAUGGGGCCUAGUGGUGCUGGGAAGUCCACAUUUCUUGACGCCAUUGCUGGUCGGAUUGCAAGAGGGAGUCUCCAGGGAUCUGUUCGGAUAGAUGGAAAACCGGUAACUACAAGCUACAUGAAGAUGAUUUCAUCUUAUGUAAUGCAAGAUGACCAGCUCUUCCCCAUGUUGACUGUUUUUGAGACCUUCAUGUUUGCAGCUGAAGUCAGACUUCCUCCUUCAGUUUCGAGGGCUGAGAAGAAGAAAAGAGUCCAUGAGCUCCUUCACCAACUGGGCUUAACGAGUGCAACACAUACGUAUAUUGGGAACGAGGGAAACAGAGGAGUGUCAGGAGGGGAAAGGCGAAGAGUGUCCAUAGGAAUUGAUAUUAUCCAUAAGCCAUCCCUGCUGUUCCUUGAUGAACCUACUUCGGGUCUUGAUUCUACAAGUGCCUACAGUGUGGUUGAAAAGGUGAAGGACAUAGCUCGGGGUGGUAGUAUAAUCUUGAUGACUAUCCACCAGCCAUCUUUCAGGAUUCAAAUGCUCUUGGACCGUAUCACGAUUCUUGCAAGGGGAAGACUGAUAUAUAUGGGAAGCCCAGUUGCUCUUCCUAACUAUCUUUCUAGAUUUGGAAGGCCUAUUCCUGAUGGUGAAAACAGCAUUGAGUAUUUCCUGGACGUGAUCAAGGAGUAUGAUGAAUCAACCGUGGGACUUGAUCCCCUUGUGUUUUACCAACGCGACGGUAUCAAACCGGAUCAAGCGGCACAGACACCAGUCCGCAAAACACCAAGAACAGCAAGGACACCACGUACUCCUUACAGGAAGACCCCUCUGUCAAAGUAUGCCAUCAGCCUCCGAAGCCAAGGAUUCUCGGGUACAGGAGAUAUGACAUCUCAAGCGGACUCUGGUCAAUUUGAUUACUACGACGAAGAUGAUGAUGAGGAAUUUGACAACUCCCUGGAACGGAAACCUGUACGGACACCAAUGCAAAGUGGUGUUCAUAAUCCUCGUUUGGCUUCUCAAUUCUACAAAGAGUUUCCAGUCUGGGUCUACCAUGGUAUCAAAGGAACUCCUCGCCGAGCACCGUCAUGGACUCCGGCGAGAACUCCAGGAAGGACACCCGGGAAAACACCAAUGACUGGGCCAAGAAGCCAAUCUUCGAGCCGAUUCUCAACACCACAGCAUGUUGUUUCUCGUCCAAAACCCCUAGAAUUUUCUAACCCCUCGCUGGACCGAUAUUCCCCUUCUUACGAAGAAUUAAGUUGUGAGGAAGAGCUUGAUGAGUCAGAUCACGGUCCUAAAUUUGCAAACCCAUGGCUCCGGGAGGUAGCAGUUCUUUCAUGGCGCGCAGUACUUAACGUGGUUCGCACUCCUGAGCUUUUCCUCUCGAGAGAGAUCGUAUUAGCUGUUAUGGCACUCAUUCUAUUCUUACUUUUUAAGAACCUGGGUCUUCCAUCUUUCCAAGACAUUAACAGGCUUCUCAAUUUCUACAUCUUCGCAGUUUGUCUUGUUUUCUUUUCAUCCAAUGAUGCUGUCCCAACUUUCAUCCAAGAAAGGUUCAUCUUCAUCAGAGAAACCGCCCACAAUUCCUACCGCGCUUCUUCCUAUGUCAUCUCCUCACUGAUAGUGUAUCUCCCUUUUUUCGCUGUACAAGGCUUGACAUUUGCUGCCAUCACCAGAUUCUUGCUUCAUCUGAAAAGCAAUCUCUUCAACUUUUGGUUGAUUCUUUAUGCAUCCCUCAUAACUACUAAUGCCUAUGUGAUGCUUGUUAGCGCGCUUGUCCCGAGUUAUAUCACAGGUUAUGCCGUCGUGAUUGCGACAACUGCUCUAUUCUUCCUGACCUGUGGGUUCUUUUUGAAGCGCUUGCAGAUACCUAUCUACUGGAGGUGGCUCCAUUACAUAUCUGCAAUUAAAUAUCCCUUUGAGGGAAUGCUAUCAAAUGAGUUUAAAGGCUCAAGAUGCUAUUCAGGGAACCCUUCAGAACUUUCACCAGGCCCUCUCGGAGAGAUCAGACUCAGCCAACUGCAUAAUGACUCAAAAUUAGAGCCAAACUGCAUGUUGAUUGGGCAGGAUAUUCUAUUCUCCAUGGAUAUUAAGAUGGACAGUAUUUGGUAUGACAUCGCUAUCUUGUUAGCUUGGGGAGUUCUUUACCGAUUCUUCUUCUACCUGGUUCUUAGAUUCUACUCCAACAAUCAGAGGAAAUGAAGCUGCCUUGUUUACUGUUGUUUUGCCGUUUGCAUUUGUUUUUGUUCCAAAUCAACGCUUUGUCUUAAACUCUAGGC